AUGGUGGAACAGCUCCGUUCGCAAAACCACAACGACUUCAGCAUCAAGACAACCGUAGUCCCGGAUGGAACCAUGAAGGGUCGACUCAUUAUCGAAGUUCAGACGAAGGUUGGCUUUCGCCUCCUUGAUCUCCCGCCUGAACUGCGCGAGCGAAUCUAUGGAUAUGUGUUCGCCGAGAGAAAAGGCUACCAGAUCGACAUCUACAGCGGCAGUUUCAGCAGAAAGAGAGGCGUUGAGCGCGGUCCAACCGAGAGUACCAAGCUGGUCUGCGGACCCAAUUUUCGCAACCGCAAGACCCAUAUUGGCCAGAUUUGGGACCAUCAGACGGCGAAGUGGGUUGGCGGUCCCCCGAGUGGACUGAGCCUAUUGCUCGUCAACAAACAAAUUCACCACGAGGCAGCACCUGUUGCCUACAGAAUGAACCGAUUCAUCUUCAAGAAUGAAGUGUUCAGUCGCGUGGAUCGAUUUGUGGAAGUCAUUGGAUCUUCAGCCAAGCACCUCGGAGAGGUCGAAGUCCAGAAGGUCCGAGGUUUCAAGCAGCUCAAGCAGAUCUUGGGAGCGCUGGAGAACGCUAGCGGUCUUCAUCGGUUGUACCUACCAGAGCGCUUGGUCUAUCGGGAGGCGAAGGAGGCUGCCAAAGACCCACAGGACCCAGAAUCGUGGGCCUGCGCCUUCCACAAAGUCAUUCGGCUGUUUCUGAUAGAGCUGAAGAAGAAGUAUAAGGCAUCGAAUCGGGUCUGGAAGGUCAGCGAUAUAGUUCAAUUCACACGUGGGACAGUGUGGUUGAACGACAUGGCCGGCCAGUCCAGAGAGGACUUCGAGGUCUUCGAGGGAGCUUUCAGGGAGAUUGCCAGAGCAUACCUCGAUGAAGAGUGA